UGCUUCUUUCACACAAUUUAUUUAUAAAAUAAAUGCUAAUUGUGCUAUAAUUUGCAUAAAACUAGCAGAUAACGCUUACAUUCGUGCAUUCAAAUAGUUAACCAUAAGUGUUACCGACGAGCAUAAAAUGUAGAUACUUGUGCUCGAAAGUCCCAUAUUUACUUUCUAAACAAUGUCAAUAAGAGACAAGUGGGUUCGCCGGUUUUCAAUCGAUGAAACAUCUCGACACAAAAAUGGAUUUACAAUAUACAAAAUUACAUCUGUACUAUUCCCGUUGGAAUCUCCGGAGGCAGUGACAGUGGUCUCGGUUUGGAAGCGGUACAGUGACAUUCAGCAGCUGCACAAGUCUAUGAAGUCACUGCACGCCGGUCUCCAUCUGCGGGGAACAUUCCCAACACUGGCCAAGAGUAGCUUCUUCAAGAGAUUUCAACAGGAGGUAUUAACUGAAAAUGUGAUAGAGGAAAGAGCUAAAUCUAUAAAGGAACUGCUGGAAUUUAUAGCAGAACACAGACUGCUGUUCACAAGCACUGACUUUGUAAAUUUUUUACAGGAUGGCUACCCAGAGCCAGAGCCGCAGUCCGGAGUGAUCAACGCAAUCCGCUCCUCACUGCAGCUGCCGGUGGAGCACACACCACCACUGGAGUACCAGUCUGAUGAUGAUAGCAGCCUCAAUGUUCAAAACGCACAGGAGGUGCCCAGCGAGAGUGCUACAGACUUCGACAUCUCACAGAUACCGAUAUAUGAGGCCACCGAAGUGGAGAUAAGAGAGUCGCCCAAAGACUGCACUCGGAGCGGCACAUCAGACAGUUUCGAGUCCAUCAACUCCCUUGAGAGCCUCGACAGUGACUUUUAUGAUGAGCUCAAGCGUAUACGAGUCAAGCCAAUCACCAGUAUUAAGAGGAAUCUUCCAGAUCUGAUAGAUUUUGAGCGGCCUUCGACUUCAGUGAGUCGAGAUGUGACAGACUGUGCGCCGAGGGUUACAACUGAUAAUAGUACAAGUGAUAAGGGUGUAGAAGGAGGUUACGCGGUGGAGGCGGGGUAUCUGCUGAGUGUGGCGGGCCGCUGCGAGGACGCUGGUGAUUAUGAGAGGGCCUUCGAGUUCUAUAAGACGGGAAUUGAGAAGUUGCUGCAGGGUGUUCAAAGUGAGACGGACGAGUCCCGUCGCUCGCUGCUGAAGCAGAAGGCCAACAAGUAUCUGUCGCACGCCGAGAGAGUCUACAACGAGCAGCUCAGCCACAGCACGCAUGAGAUGCCUCCGCUAGUGAACACCGGCGCGCUGCCGUCGUCGCUGCUGGCGCGCGAGGCGGCGGCGCUGGGCGAGUACCGCGUGCUGGCCGUGCUCGCCGACCGGCACAUGCUCGUCACCGACAGCCACCACAAGUGUUACACCAUGAAGGUGAUUCCGAAAGUGCCUCGAAAUUUGACCGAACUGGACACAUACUUGGGCACGGGGCAGGAUACCUACACGCCAAUACUGCCUACCGUCGUGCCAUACAUGGUGCCAUUGCAAGCUCACAUCACUACAGAAGACCGGAUAUUCCUCGUACUUACCUACGCCCCGGGAGAAAGGCUCACGGACUAUAUCCGAAACUACGUGAGAUCACAUCCGAACACACCCAAAAACGAUGUCAACUCGCCCAAGAAAGAUGUCAAUUCACCAAAAAGUGGCUACCCGUAUUCACCCAAAAAGAGUGCGAUAGAUAGGGGCGAAUAUCCACUUUCACCAAUUGCACCCGAUUGCACCAAUCUGCAAUCACCAAAAAAGGACAUGCCUUUAUAUUCACCAAGCACAGAAGGUAUUCAUAAUUCGCCUAAAAAGGUCGGUAGCGUACGAAAUUCACCUAAGAAGGAUAUCCAUGUGCCUAUAAUAUCAGAUGACCAAAACAAUAUACACAUAUCGGAUGUAAUCGAAUCAAAGAUUAGUACCGGAAUCGAUUCCAAUAAUUUUUCUAAUGUUUUAAUUGAUUCAAAGGUAAUUACGGGAAUCGACUCCAAUAAGAAUAUAACGACACCAGACGAUAUAUCCGAGAUAGUGCUGAAUUCUCAGCGGCUGCUGAUGAAUGUGGAUAAAGCGCUGAGUCAGGCCAGAGUGGCAGAAGAAAAUAAAGAGAAUGUAACCACUGUGACAGAGAAAGUCGAGCCAAAAGCUGAAGAUACAACUGAUUCACUGGACAAUGAUGUGCAGGUCCGUCCGUGCGCGGUGCUGGGCGGGGCGCUGCGGCGGUGGGCGGCGCAGGUGCUGACGGCGCUGAGCGCGCUGCACGCGGCCGGCGCGCGCUGCGGCGACCUGCGCGCCCGCAACGUGUUGCUGCAUAGCGGCGCCGCCGUGCUCACGUACACGCCCGCCUGGCCGCACACACACGUGCUAGGUCGUGAGCACAAGGGUGGUCUAAGUCCGUGUGUAGCUCCGGAGCUGCGCGGGCCGCUGGCGUGCGAUCUGCGCGUCGCCGACUACUGGAGUUAUGGCGCUGUUUUGUAUGAGCUGUUCCUGGGCGAGCCGCUGCGGGCGUGCGACGUGUGGUGGGGCCGCACGUGCGUACCGAUACCGCCCGGCCUCGACCCGCACAUGCACGACUUGCUCGAGAGACUCCUCGCGAUGGAUCCCAGCGAGCGUUUAGGUGCUAACGGUCCAGACGAGAUCAGAGAACAUCCCUACUUCCGCGGCAUUGAUUGGCAGGCGCUGCUAGACGCGUGGCUCGUGCCAGAGUGAGACGGGCGAUGUAAGAACGAGAUGGAUGAUAUUAGAGCAAGAUAAUGUUGAAGAGAGACGGAUGAUGUUGAAGCAAGACAAGUGAUGCUGAAUGGAUGAUGGUAAAGUUGGUAUGAUGUAGCGGCAGUUUGUAGUUAAAUUAGUCAUUGGUGGUUUUAAUUAUUGGAAUACAAACAUUUUACUUGACUGCAUCUAAAUUCAGAAGCAGAGUUAUUUGAUCUCUUGAGAAUUGAUAGAUACUAACAAAAGAAUAUUGGCAGAAUUUACAAAAUGUGAUAAAACUAGAGGUUACAAUGUAUUUUGAUAAUAUCUAGAUUUAAGCUUAAUAGAACCAAAAAUUGAAUCUUCGAAAUUGGCUUAAAUGUUCCUAAACGGACAGACUGAAAUAUUUUUCAUAUAUUUAUUAGAGAUUAGGCGUAGCAGUGCAAACAAAGAAUUCUAUUUAAACUGAGGUAGAAGUGGUGUACUCUAAGAAAUGUCAUUUGAAAAGCAAU